AUGUCCCAGCACCUGUUCGUCCCAGUUGUAAUGAUGGUGGUCAGCCCCAUCCCAGGAGCCUUCCAGGACUCAGCUGUCAGUCCUACCCAAGGAGAAUUUGAAGACUUAGACUGCGGUCGCCCUGAGCCCUCUUCCCGUAUUGUGGGGGGCUCCGGUGCACACCCUGGCACUUGGCCAUGGCAGGUGAGCCUGCACCAAGGUGGGGGCCACAUCUGCGGGGGCUCUCUCAUCGCCCCUUCCUGGGUCCUCUCCGCUGCUCACUGUUUCGUGACGAACGGAACCUUGGAGUCCGCGGACGAAUGGUCAGUCCUGUUGGGCGUGCACUCCCAGGACGGACCCCUGGACGGCGCGCACUUGCGCUCAGUGGCCGCCAUCCUGGUGCCGCACAACUACAGCAGAGUGGAACUGGGCGCCGACUUGGCUCUGCUGCGCCUGGCCUCGCCCGCCAGGCUAAGUUCCUCGGUGCGGCCGGUCUGCCUGCCUCGUGCCUCGCACCGCUUCGCUCACGGCACCGCCUGCUGGGCCACGGGCUGGGGAGACGUCCAGGAGGCUGACCCUCUGCCUUUCCCCUGGGUGCUACAGGAAGUAGAGCUAAGGUUGCUGGGAGAAGCUGCCUGUCAGUGUCUCUACAGCCGGCCUGGCCCUUUCAACCUGACUUUCCAGCUGCUGCCAGGGAUGCUGUGUGCUGGCUAUCCAGAGGGACGCAAGGAUACCUGCCAGGGUGACUCUGGGGGACCGCUAGUCUGUGAGGACGGAGGCCGUUGGUUCCUGGCGGGAAUCACCAGCUUUGGCUUUGGCUGUGGACGGAGGAACCGCCCUGGGGUGUUCACUGCAGUGGCUCCCUACGAGUCGUGGAUACGGGAACAUGUGACGGGUUCAGAGCCCGGGCCUGCCUUUCCCAGCCAGCUCCAGAAGCCCCAGUCAGGACCCUGGGAGCCCGGAGAAGAAAACUGUACCUUUGCCCAACCAGAGUGCGGGAAGGCUUCGCGGCCAGGGAGCUGGCCCUGGGAGGCCCAGGUGAUGGUGCCAGGCUCCAGACCCUGCUAUGGAGCUCUGGUGUCUGACAGCUGGGUCUUGGCACCCGCCAGCUGCUUUCUGGACGUCCCCUUCCAGCAGCCCCGCACCUCUGACAGCCCACCCGGCGACCUUGAAGCCUGGCGGGUGCUGCUGCCCUCGCGUCCCGUGGUGGAGAGGGUGGCACGCCUCGUGCCACACGAGAACGCCUCCAGGGACUCGGCCUCAGACCUGGCGCUGCUGCAGCUGCGGACGCGCGUGAACCUGACCGCCGCCCCGAGCGCCGUGUGCCUGCCCCAUCCCGAACACUUCUUCCUGCCCGGGAGCCGCUGCCGCCUGGCUCGCUGGGGCCGCGGGGAAUCCGCAGCCGGCUCCGGAGCGCAGCUGGAGGCGCAGCUGCUGAACAGCUGGUGGUGUCACUGCCUGUACGGCCGCCAGGGGGAGUCGGUGCCGCCGCCGGGAGAUCCGCCCCACUGGCUGUGCCCCGCCUACCAGGAGGAGGAAGAGGCGGGACGAUGCUGGAAAGAUUCCAGUUGGAGCCUUCUGUGUCGUGAGGAGGGGACGUGGUUCCUGGCAGGAUACAGAACUUUCUCAAGUGGUUGUCUCCGUCCCCGAGCCUUCUCCCCGCUGCAGACUCACGCGCCAUGGAUUAGUCAUGUGACUCAGGGAGCCUACCUGGAGGACCAGCUGAUCUGGGACUGGGGCCCUGAGGGGGAGGAGACUGAGGAACAGAUUUGUCCCCCACACACUGAGCAUGGGGCCUGUGGCCUAAGGCCAAAGGCCACUCCAGCUGGUGUGUUGUGGCCCUGGCUGACAGAGGUGCACGUGACUGGUAAUCGUGUCUGCACUGGGAUUCUGGUUGCCCCAGGCUGGGUCCUAGCAGCUAGUCACUGUAUUCUCAGGUUGGGCUCAACCACAGUGCCUUACAUCGAAGUGUAUCUGAGCCAGGCAGGGGCCAGCUCCCCCCCACAGGGUCACCAGGUAUCUCGCUCUGUCAUCAGCAUCCGCCUGCCCCGGCACUUAGGACUUAGGCCCCCCCUGGCCCUGCUGGAGCUGAACUCUCAGGUGGAGCCUUCCCCAUCAGCUCUGCCCAUCUGCCUACACCCAGGGGGUAUUCCUCCAGGGGCCAGCUGCUGGGUGCUGGGCUGGAAGGACCCCCAGGACAGAGUUCCUGUAGCUACUGCUGUCUCCAUCUUGACUCCACGACUCUGUCACUGCCUCUAUCAGGGCAUUCUGCCUCCCGGAACCUUCUGUGUCCUCUAUACUGAGGGGCAGGAAGAUAGAUGUGAGGUGACCUCAGCACCUUCCCUCCUGUGCCAGACUGAGGGAGGCCCCUGGGUUCUCAUGGGCAUGGCUGUUCGAGGUAGCCAGGAGCUGUUUGCAGCCAUUGGCCCUGAAGCUACGUGGAUAUCGCAAACGGUGGAAGAAGCCCAUUUUCUGCAUCCCAGUGGCUCCCCCUACUGGCCUUCUGAGGACAGUGACCUCUGCCCCCAAGACUUGGCAGGGGCUGCAAGUUCCCCUAAGGUUGCGGCUGUGUUUCUGCUCCUGCUAGCUCCACUGAUCCAGGAGUCUCUCCUGGGGGGGCCCUCGUCCUGGGCCAUGGCCCUAAGGGUAGGCCUGGGACCUGGGCAGCUGGAAGUCAUGGCCAUUCUGCUUCUUUUCGGAUUGCUCCAGUCAAGAAUGGGAGCUGGCGGGACCGAAGCCUCCUGUGGUGCCGUUGUCCAGCCACGCAUCACAGGUGGUAGCAAUGCGAAACCUGGCCAGUGGCCCUGGCAGGUCAGCAUCACCUACUCCGGAGUCCAUGUGUGUGGCGGGUCUCUUGUGUCGGAUCAAUGGGUGGUGUCGGCGGCUCACUGCUUCCCCAGAGAACACAACAAGAAUGAGUAUGAGGUAAAGCUGGGGGCCCACCAGCUGGACGCCUACAGCAACGACACUGUGGUCCGCAUGGUGGCGCAGAUCAUCUCCCACCCAAGCUACCGUGAAGAGGGCUCUGAGGGCGACAUUGCACUCAUCCGCCUCGGCAGCCCUGUCAGCUUCUCCCGCUACGUCAAGCCCAUCUGCCUCCCUGCAGCCAAUGCCUCCUUUCCCAAUGGCCUCCAUUGUACUGUCACAGGAUGGGGUCAUGUGGCCCCUUCAGUGAGCCUACAGACGCCCAGGCCACUGCAGCAGCUUGAGGUCCCACUGAUCAGCCGUGAGACCUGCAGCUGUCUCUACAACAUCAAUGCCGUGCCUGAAGAGCCCCACACUAUCCAGCAGGACAUGCUGUGUGCCGGCUACGUGAAGGGAGGCAAGGAUGCUUGCCAGGGUGACUCUGGGGGCCCACUCUCUUGUCCCGUAGAAGGCCUCUGGUAUUUGGCAGGCAUUGUGAGCUGGGGUGAUGCCUGUGGAGCCCCUAACAGGCCUGGAGUAUAUACUCUGACUUCUACCUAUGCCUCCUGGAUCCACCGAAACGUGGCACAACUCCAGCCUCGCAUAGUUCCCCAAACUCAGGAGUCCCAGCCAGAUGGCCACCUCUGCAACCAUCAUGCUGCCUUCAACUCAGCUCCAGCCCAGAGACUAACGCCCAUGCUUUUCCUGCCACUGGGCCUGGCCCUGGCCUCUUCCUUCUUCCGCCUUUGAACAUUAAGCUACUUACC